UGACAUCAAAUCGUGUAAUAACAAAAUUUUGACUUUUCGUUUUGAUCCUUUUCUAUGUUUCAUAAUGUAUUGAUGCAAUAAAAGAAAUAUAGCAUUUUAACAGAGAUUACGUUUUUAAUUUUAAAAUGGUUAUUUUGCAGUUAGAGGAACAGCCCCCAAUAAUACAAGCAAUUUUUGCUGGUGCCAUCGACGAAGUUAAAGAACUUAUAGAGUACAAGCAGGAUGUUAAUUGUCUUGACUGUGAGAAACGUACACCAUUGCAUGCCGCUGCAUUUAAAGGCGAAGCAAAUGUCGCAGGCCUUCUUCUCAAGAGUGGAGCCAGAGUGAAUGCCAAAGACAGUAAAUGGGUGACACCGUUACAUAGGGCUUGUGCCGUAGAAGCCGACGAGGCUGUCGCCCUGUUAUUACGUUACCAAGCUGAUGUUAGCGCCAGAGACAGACUGUGGCAGACUCCUUUACAUGUAGCCGCUGCCAACGAUGCUUAUAAUUGCGUCGAACAACUUUUGAACUAUGUUCCAAAUCCAAAUGUCACUGAUAGAUCUGGACGGACGGCGCUUCAUCAUGCCUCUUACAAUGGUCAUAACUAUGUGGCAGAGCUUUUGAUUUCUAGGGGGUGUAUAAUAAAUGCCUGUGAUAAAAAGGAUUGCCGGCCUUUACAUUGCGCUGUACAGAUGGGACAUGUACACGUCGUGGAUCUUUUAAUAAGAAACCAGGCUGAUAUUAACGCUAAAGAUCGGAAUCAGUACACUCCGUUACACGUAGCCGCGGCUACUGGUAUAGAUUCAGUCUGCAAGCUCCUGCUGGCUGCGGGGGCAGAAGUGGACGCCCAGAAUUCCUACGGGAACACGCCUUUGCAUAUAGCCUGUCUCAACGGUCACCUCAACGUUUGCCAGGAGUUGGUCGGCGCCAGGGCGAACCUGGAAGCUACGAAUUUCAGGGGUCAGAGUCCCCUGCAUAUCGCAGCUGCUAGUACGCACGGCGUCGACUGUCUCAUGUUUCUUUUGAGGCAAAACGUUGACUUGAACAAGCAGAGCUUGGACGGGCGGACUCCGCUGCAUAUGACGGCGAUCCACGGGAGGUUUACCAGGAGCAAAACGCUCAUAGACAAAGGUGCUCUCAUAGACUGUGCGGACAAAAACGGGUGCACACCUCUUCACAUAGCCGCGCAAUACGGGCACGAUCUUUUAGCGAAUACGUUGCUGAGUUACGGCGCUAAUCCGUCUAGAAAAGGGUAUGAAGGGAGAACACCGCUGCAUAUGUGCUGUCUUUCGGGUUAUGUGGAGUGUUGUAGGAAGUUCGUUCAGUCAGUUGUUGACUUGAACGAUAAAGACGACACAGGGAAAACGCCGACACAUUGCGCUGCGUAUAAGGGGUCGUAUGAGUGCCUGGACUUGUUAGUCAGCAACAAAGCAGAUUUCAAACUGACGGAUAACCUUCAGCGCCUGCCUCUCCAUUACGCCGCUUCCCAGGGUCAUUAUCAGUGCGUUUUCACGCUGGUCGGGAUCGGGAGUCCCGUGAAUGUACAGGACGUGGAAGGUUGCUCCCCGCUGCACCUGGCGGCGGCGUACGACCACGAGGGGAAGUGCAUAGAGUAUCUCUUGGAUCACAAGGCGGAUCCUCUCAUGAGGGACAACAGAGGGUUUACACCAUUGCAUUACGCUAUAGCAGGUGGGAAUGUGAACGGCAAUGUUCUUGUUGGUAUAAUUCGAUCAAGUAAAGAGAGUAGGUCAAACGAACCGAAAGGAGUGUCGGAAGGUACUCCAUCAAAACCGUCGAUGGAGAAGGAUCCUGUGGAUAUUACUCCCCUACAUUUGGCUGCCAAACUGGGUAAUGUCGACAUUCUCAAACUGGUGGUUCCCCUGUGCGAGGACGUCAAUGUCAGAACCAACCAGGGCCUAACGCCCCUGAUCCUAGCGGCCCGAGAGGGCCACUCCGCCUGUGUUCACGUCUUGCUACGAUUCGGUGCCAAAGUUGCCUUGGCGGACUACGUUAAUAACAUGACGCCCGUUCACUACAGUGCCAAAAACGGCCACUCGCAGUGCCUGACGCUGCUCCUGCACAAUAGCGAGGACCAGCACGUCAUCAACAUGCCCGACAGCCAGCACAGAACCGCGUUGAUGCUUGCCGUUUCGGGAAACCACAUAGAAUGUGUUCAGACGCUGCUGAAGUGUGGCGCCGACCCGAACAUUGUCGACACUGACGAACAUUCCUGUCUUUUCAGAGCGGUAGUAAAUGGUCAGAACAGCAUAGUUCAGCUCUUGCUGUCUAGCAACGCGAAGGUAAACGCCACGGAUGUUAACGGCAAGACCGUCCUACAUCUCGCCGCUGCCUGCGGUCAUUCCGUUUGCAUGCAGAUGAUCAUGGCCUACAUGACGGAGGAGGAGGUGAGGGCCAAGGAUAACCAGCAGUGUACGGCGUUGCAUUGGGCUUCUUAUAACGGUCAUGCAAACUGUGUCGAGUACUUGCUGGAGAAGAACAUAUUCAAGGACAUGGAGGGGAACUCCUUUUCACCAGUUCACUGUGCCACAUUCUCGGGAUCGGACAGGUGCCUGGAAUACCUGAUAAACCACUUUGGGCCGCAGAUCGUGCACCUGAGAGACUGCCGACAGCGCACUCCUCUGCACAUAGCCGCCUUGCACGGUCACUUGGAGUGCGCCAAGUAUCUGAUGGACUACGGGGCGAGGGCGCAGGUUUUCGACGAAGAGAACAGGACUCCCCUAAUCGCCGCCUCGCAGUUCGGACAGACGCAGGUGAUAGAUUUAUUGCUUCUCUGCAGCAUAGACCGUACCUCUUGUGAUAAACUGGGCAAUACCGCUUUACACUGGGCCUGCAUAAAAAAGUACACCCAGACUGCCUUAUUACUUUUAGAAGACGAAGAGGGGGACGCCGUUAUUAGUAUUACUAACAACGAGAAAAGAACGCCCCUUCACAUCGCUGCCCGGAACGGAUUGGUGGAAGUCACCCGGGAGCUCCUUAAAAAGGGCGCCUCGGUCCUGGCGGUGGAUAACGAGGGCCUAACGCCGGCGCUUUGCUGCGCCCCGAACAACAGCGUCGCACAAUGCCUAGCCUUAAUUCUACAAGCACUGCCGCAAUUUUCCGAGCGACACGCGACGGACGAGUCAGGGACUUCACAAUCUUCAAUAAACAAUAGCAAAAUUAACGUAGCCUUAAAGUCGACUUUAGCGAACGUAUCUAGUUUAAGUAGCGAUGCCAAGGGUGGGUCGGAUCACAGCAGCGAUAACGAGUUCUAUUAAAUUCUUUGUUGUGCCGUACAGGGGGAUAAAAGGACUAAAUCUUGACAUAGUUCAAUUGUGAGAGUAAAAUUUCAAUGAAACCUAGCAAUUCCAAGUCAAAUUAUAUAUAGAGUACAACUUAGAUUUAACAUAGUUCUUCUAUUUCUCUCGGCGUCGCUCCAUUGUAUCGAUUUAUUCAUUUUUUAUCGAACGGGAAUUGCAAUAGUGUUCUUGAACAAAAUUUCCUAUAAAAUUUACGAAUAUAAAGAUUCUCUCGGUGCCAUUUUGGAAAAAAUCACAUGGGACUAAAUCUGUAUCGUGUGGCGGUGCCUGAGGUAUUAAUCUCUUUAUUUACCGCUAACUGACACAUUGAAACGUUAAUACAGGGUGUAACUAUGGAUGGGUGUCAUAUUUAUAACUACCUUUGACCUUUAGUGACCUUUAGAAACACAUCGUAAGUUUGUUUUCCCAAAUUCUGUCUGAAAACAAAAUUUCUUACAUUUUUAUACCCCAGUUAGGGCAUAUAUUGUUGUUAAAUUUCAUCUUUCUGGAUUUGUAUACAUGUUUUUUAUAUUAUAUUUUUUAUAACAAUGAAGACGCACAAACACAUCAUACUGUACUUAAACUACACACAACGAAGCUGUGACAUAUUCCGCCUUUCUCGUUUUGCAAAAUUGACACUGGCCCUCUUUUUUUUUGCCUACCUAGCUGCCUGUUGUCAUAUCACAUCAGGUGGAUUGGUCACCUAAACUAGAUCAAUGUCACAGGUCAUUGACAUUGACAUUCACAGACUAAACACAGUGCUUUAAGAAACUCGGAAUAAUUUUAAAUAUAUUUGGAAUUUACCAGGUUAGUAUGUUAGCAGUGACAUAAAAGAAUAUAUUGAAUUUAAGACAUGGCGUGGUCUUACAAAACUGUCACCGACUUGAGUUGCACCCUGUAUUUCCCAAGUUUUAGUGAUAUAAACAUUUUCUUGGUGCCAUUUUAGAAAAAAUCACCCGGGGCUAAAUCAGUAUCGUGUGGCGGUACCUGAGGUAGCAAGCUCUCUAUUUGCUGCUAAUCGAUACAAUGGAAUAUAAAUAUAUUAAAAAAUUUAUCCCACCAAUAUUACAAGUUAAUAGGAAACUAAUGCAGGGUGAUUGUGAAAUUAUUUCCUCGUAGCGAGUGUGUAUUUUUGUACGCAUUCAAAGAGUUGUACAUAAUUUUUUAUUAAAUAAUUUAUUUGUACAGGUAUGUAGAACUAUGCAAUCUCUAGCGAAUUAUAUUAGAUUUUGUAAUAUCGUCGAGGCGAAUCUUCUUUUGAAAAAUGUGGUGCUAAUUUUUUUACAUUUAGACUUGCGGAGAGCGGUGUUAGAAGUUGCCUAUUGUAUCUGUAUGAGUUUCUUGUGUAAUCGAGGAUGGCAGAUGAAGUUAAAAGACAUAUUAGAGUUACGUGGAAUUUUUUAAAACUAGAUUUGUAGGCGGUUAACAUUACGUAAAAGGGCUUAAUCUAUAAUUGUUCCAAACCAGAUGUAUUACUUGGUGUUAUCGACUCAGGGACUUUCAUAUUUUCUUCGUAGAUGCUGAGUUUCGUACCUAUCACUUCCAUCUUCAUCAGUUAUUCGUUUAAUAAAAAGCUUUCAUAAAUUUUAAACUCGGAUAUGGUAAUUUGUUUAAAAAUUCGAGUUAAAUAGUUCCGAUUUUGAUAUAGGCAAUUUCUAUAUAAAGUAUUUAAUAUAUUUUUCUAAUUUUGUUUUAUAUACCUACGAUUUUAUACACAUUUUGUAACAUCCAGCUGAGGCUUCUAUGUAUUAAAUUUGUCAAUUUUUA